AUGGCCUCACAACAAACCGCUCCGGUCCUCUCCACCCCAUCGGAGCAGAUCCUCGAGGAAGCCGUGUUACCAUCCCUUCCAUCCACGCUAUCCGAAGAACAACUCUACCUUCAGUAUGAAAUUCAACGUACCAUUUCCGAGAUUCGCCAAGGGAAAUGGAAAAGAAUCGCCCUGCAAUUCCCAGAUACUAUGCUGAUUGAUGCUCCACGGGUUUUUGAACGAUUGCGAGAUGGAUUGAGGACUGCCAGACGAAAUGAAGAACCUCCGAUUGAGCAAAAUCUGGCAGAUUUGAAGCUCGACGAGACUCCAGUCUCGAGGGAGCAAGAUACGGAUGAAACGCUCUGCAUCCUGGCAGAUACAUCCUAUGGCGCCUGUUGUGUUGAUGAGAUUGCCGCUGAACACUGCUCCGCUGAUGUUGUGGUCCACUAUGGAAGAUCUUGCCUGUCUCCUACCGCGCGACUACCCGUAAUCUACGUUUUCACGUCUGCUCCUCUAGAUCUGACCCUCGCGGCCGAGAACUUUAUGGAGACAUUUCCGGAGAAAGAUGCCAAAGUUUGUCUCAUGGCCGACAUCCCAUACGCUCACCAGAUCCCUGCUUUCUACGACUUGCUUUCCUCGGAGAAGGGAUAUACAAACCUGUUCGCAACAGGGAUUGUACAUAACCCGGGAAGUCUCCUUCCUAAUCGCACAGUCCCAGGAGACGCGGAACUCCUCAAGACAUACUCCAUCUUCCACAUUGGCGUCCCACCUACUUCUCUUCUCUUGAUUCUCUCUUCUCGCAUAGCGAGCAUGCAUAUCUUUCCAGGCCUGCCAACCAGCUCCAAUGAUGCUCCCCCCACACAGGCAGAGACACGACGGCUGCUGAGCCGGCGGUACGGAAURACAACCAAGCUUGCCUCGGUCCCCGUCUUUGGCAUUCUGAUCAACACUUUGAGCGUCGCCAACUACCUGGAUGCAUUGACUUACUGUCAACAACUGAUUGAGAGGAAAGGGAAAAAGUCCUAUGUAUUUGUGGUUGGGAAAGUCAACGCGGCGAAGUUGGCCAACUUCAGCGAGAUUGGCGGCUGGGUGGUCAUUGGAUGCUGGGAGAGCUCUCUGCUUGAAAGCAAAGACUUUUGGAAACCAGUCAUCACGCCUUUUGAACUCGGAGUCGCUUUGCAGAGUGAUAAGGAGAGAGUCUGGGGCGGAGAAUGGAUUGGAGACUUUGGAAGUCUGCUUGGUAAAGAGCAGACAGAGGCGCAGGAAAGCGAGGACGAGGCAGGAGAAGACGACGAGGACGCGCCACCGGAAUUCGACCUCAGGACGGGCAAGUUGGUCAGCGGAUCGAGACCAAUGGGCAGGACUAGGAAAGCCGCAAAUGGAGAUGGCGCAGCGAUUGAGCAUGGAAAUUCGGCUCCUUCGUCGGCGCUGGUGCAGCGUACCAAACAGGAAAUAGCGACGAUCAAUGGUCAAAUCUCGCCUGCAGCAGAGUACCUGCGUACCAAGAGGACUUGGCAGGGGCUUGGGAGCGAUCAUGCUAUUGCUUAUGAGCGGGAUGAUCAAGGGAAUAUUACGGGUGCGCCGAUGGAAGAGGGUCGAGGCGGAGUUGCCAAGGGCUAUGCUGUUGGUGGGGUCAAGGAUGGACGGACAUGA